GCCGCUGGCAUGGCCACGGCAGUCACUAAGGAUGGCUCGGUGGUGUACCUUCCCCAGGAGGAAAAGUGUGGGAUCAAGGGACGCGCCUACAGCCUCUUCUCGCCCAGUAAUUCAUUCAGUCUCCUCAAGCCAAAUGGUCAGCAACAACUGCUGCGAGGGCCGCGACGUGUGGUGCGGCUUUGUGUGUUUGCGCUGCUGCUGCCCGCUGGUCUCAUCACAGUGCCCCUGUAUGUCCGACUGGUGCUCUUCCCCCCCGCCCACUACCCCAUGAUGCCCACAGACCAGCGUCUCCUCGUCCGUCACGCCUCCUCCUUCUGGUGCGAGGCCCAGUGGACACACAUGAACGGCUCCUACAACGCCUACGUCAGCAGUGAGACGCCGCCCGCCUCCCUCACACGAUCCGUCCACCACAUGCUGUACUCCACCACACUGGAGGACGACGUCAAGGAGUACUGGGGUUUUCACCUCCUCAAAGGCUCCACGGUCACCAUCUCCACCUGCGCCAGCACGGACGGUGCACAGCUGAUGAUCCUGCGAGGUGUAAACAACCUUCACCGCUGCGCCUGGAUCGGCGAGGAGGACUCCGCCGAAGAAGAGGAAGCACCGGUGGGAAAGACGGAGCAUAUCGUGAAGGAUGGCACAGAGCCUUUUCCUUUUUCCGAUAGGGCGACAAGUGUUGAAGAGCCACUACUGUCGGGUGAGGGCGGGAGAGGGCCUAACGACGUGAACCUUCAAGGUGAUGACCCUGAGGUGGGCAUACCUGAUGUGCCCACCUCGGAGGAGCGGCAGGGCGAGCUGGAGCACCUGCUGCGGAAGGCCAUAAGGAUGAGCAAGAACAAAAAGGAGAUCCUGCGGCUGCUGCACAUGUUGCACCGCUCCGAUGACCGCCCGCUGCCGCGACACCUGCAGCGCAGGCUAGGCAUCAUCUCAGAGGAAGAGGACACCCUGAAGCCCCAAAACCCACAUCGCUCUCCAGACAGGAGUUACGAGAGGAUGCCACCCCCGAGGAGGCUGCGGCGGGAAACAAAGGAACUUCCACCGGCCGUCGACUUUAACGGAGCUUUAGAAGUUUUCGACGAAGAGAACGGCAAGGCGGACAGGAAGACACAUACGGCGGGGACCAGCCAGAGUCCCGCGGAGAACUUUAUCGGAGGCCAGGUGUUCUUCCCUGAGGGCCUGAGGGUGGAACGAGGAAAGUUUAACCAGACCAACGAAAACGACUGGUCCAACGAGGAACGCGUGUCCUCCUACUCCAGCAGCGAGGAGGCGUUGGCCAGCUGUGAGGGCGUCAUCAUGACACUGCCCCUCGCGGCAUACCGCGGCUGCAGCUUCCACUGGACCAACCAGAACAAAGUAGUAUACGACAUCCCAGUCACCGGCACCUACUACUUCGUGUUCUCCAGUGAUAACGAGAUCGCCUCCAACAACCUGUUCUUCAACCUGACGCUGCAGCGCGUCACUUACGACACCAAGUCUGCGGUGCGCCUGUGCACAAACGCCACAGAGUGUUCUCUGCCGCUCUCCUUCUGGUCCCACGACCAGACACUGGUGGAGGUACCGGAGGAAAAGUCCUGGAACAACACCUACGUGAUGGACACCGUGUGCCGCCCCCGCGUGCCACUCUUCCUGGCUUUCAUCCUGGCGGCGCCACUCCUCAUCCUCCUUUGUGCCUUCCACUAGCACAGGCCUUCUUCCUUUCCCCAUCCUCUUCCUGCUCCUCCUCCUCCUCCUCCUCCAGCAUAUUUACGCUUCACGAUAGUUAAAGUGCGCGAGCAGGCACGCGCACACACUAAUAUGUAGACACACACACACACACACACACACACACACACACACACACACACACACAAGCAGGUUGACCUUAUCAAGAGACUCAUCGAGUAGUACCCAGAGGACCUGCGCCUCGCCACCUCUGCCGACGGUAAGCUUUUCGUACACACACGUACACACACACACACACACACACACACACACACACACACACACACACACACACGUUAUAAAGGAACCCUAACCAAUACAACGAACAAGCUACAAUGUCAUAUGUCAUAACUUUACGAGAUUCCCAGUGCAUUACGAACAUACGAGUACGUGACUAUACUUUUUAACGCCAUACAGCCACGUGUCAUCGUCGCCCUCACCUUCACCCUCAUCCUCACACUCUCAGCACUUGGCGCCACACUCCUCUCAAGUGUUAUCUCCCUCUCAUUACUCCACUACGCAUUACACUUAAACAAACUAUUCCUUCCCUCCCUCCUUUCCCUCUCUCCGGCAUCCCUCCUUUACCUCUUUCCUCCCUUCUAGUUAUCAAUGACCUUGCAAUCAUCUUUUUUUCCUCCCAUGAUAAGCCUCUCCUCUCCCUCUCUCCCUCCCACUCAUCACAGGUAUUCUUCCUCUCUUCUCCCUCACACUCUUUCAUUCUCUCAUUCACUCACUCAUUCACAUUCACUUGUUAUCUCUGUAUAUAAGAAGAAAUGAAUAAAUAUGCAUUGUGUUCCUGUUUUAAGGAAUAAUUAUAUCCUA